UUUAUGCUCAAUUUAUUCAGCAAAGAAAUAAAGAAAAAAACAAAAAAGAAAAGGAACCAGCAGGUCUGCAAGAUCUACAAAAAAAAGUUGAGAAUUUUUUAGGACAGCUGAAUCUCCAGCUCUCAUCUUUCAAUUUCACUAGCCUGACUCAGCCCACUACCUAACCCACAGACCCAAAUUCCCCAGUUAUUUAAAAGCUGAAACUCUGUAAUCAUACAAAACUUUUAAAAGCUCAUCCUCUCCGCCGAGCCACCACAGCUUCACUUCUUUCUGAAACAAUGCAUUGCCAAGCUUGGACAGCCAUGGCAAUGGCUGCUUUUGUGCUUCAGCUUUGCUCUUUAUCUCAGGCUGACAAGAUUUAUCGGUUGCCUGGGCAGCCUCUUGUGGGUUUCAACCAGUUCUCAGGCUAUGUCACUGUGGAUGGAAAGAAUCAGAAGUCUCUCUUCUACUACUUUGUGGAGGCAGAAAUGGAUCCGGCUUCGAAGCCUCUAGUUCUUUGGUUGAAUGGAGGGCCUGGUUGUUCUUCUUUGGGAGUGGGGGCAUUCUCUGAAAAUGGUCCUUUCAGACCCAGCGGCCAGGUUCUGGUUAGAAAUGAGUGUAGCUGGAAUAAAGAAGCAAAUAUGCUGUAUUUAGAGACACCAAUUGGAGUGGGAUUCUCUUAUUCUACUGAUACCUCCUCCUAUGUGGCUGUAAAUGAUGAAUCAACUGCCAGAGAUAACCUUGUCUUUUUGCAAAGAUGGUUCAACAAGUUCCCCCAAUACCGCCAUAGAGAUCUCUUUAUCACAGGAGAAAGCUAUGCAGGUCACUAUAUUCCUCAGCUAGCAAAAAUGAUGAUUGAAUUCAAUCGGAAGGAAAAGUUUUUCAAUUUGAAAGGAGUUGCUCUGGGCAAUCCUGUUCUAGAAUUUGCCACCGACUUGAAUUCAAGGGCCGAGUUCUUGUGGUCUCAUGGGUUAUUAUCUGAUUCGACGUAUAGACUUUUCACUUCUGCCUGUAAUUACUCGCGGUACGUGAGUGAGUAUUACAGAAGCUCGGUUUCACCCAUUUGCUCGAAGGUUAUGAGCCAAGUGAGCAGAGAAACCAGUAGAUUUGUGGACAAAUAUGAUGUAACUCUUGAUGUCUGCAUUCCAUCUGUGCUGUCGCAGUCUAAGAUUAUCGCUCCACAAGUUGGUCUUCCGUACUCAAUGAUCCAUUGCUCUUCGUUUAUAAUCUAUAGAAUUCAUUGGUUUGAUGCCCCUUUUAAUACCUUGCCUUAUCUGCAGCAAGUUGGUGAGAAGAUAGAUGUAUGUGUAGAAGAUGAAACUGUCAAUUAUUUGAACAGGAAAGAUGUGCAGACGGCGUUACAUGCCCGGCUAGUUGGUGUACGUGGAUGGUCUGUUUGUAGUGACAUUCUGGAAUACGAGCUGCUUGAUGUGGAGAUGCCUACUAUCUCUUUAGUUGGGUUACUUCUCAAGAGUGGAGUUCGAGUCUUGGUUUACAGUGGCGAUCAAGAUUCCGUCAUUCCACUCACUGGAAGCCGCACCUUGGUCCAUGGACUCGCAAAUAAACUGGGGUUGAACACAACUGCACCAUAUAGAGUCUGGUUCGCCGGGCAACAGGUUGGUGGAUGGACUGAAGUCUAUGGCAACAUCCUCUCGUUCGCCACCAUUAGAGGCGCGUCUCAUGAAGCUCCUUUCUCGCAGCCGGAGAGAUCGCUGGUACUGUUCCAGUCGUUUCUACAGGGACGGCCUCUGCCGCGAGGGUUCUAAUGCAGCAGCAUUAAUUGCUUCCAUUCCAUGGCUUGAGACUGUGAAUGAAUUGCCUUGUCAUUUUUGUUGCGUCUCUCGGUUUCGUGAUUUUAUUUAUGUAUUCAUUGUUGGGUUGGCAUUUAAGUGUAUACACAAGGAAUAAUAAUAAUGUCUCUUUUGGGAUCA